UGAAGGAGAGCUCUUCUGCUAAAAGUCGUAACUUGCCGCAGAAGGUUCUCUGUGCUUAAAAAAUACCAAAAGAGAAGAAGAAGAAUAGAGGAAACAUUUAUCCUGCUACAAAGCCUAGAUUCUUGAAAUUAGGAUUUUUCUUCAAGGGAGUUCACGCUCUUCUAUCUGGACACGUAAUCGACUUUCUUCUCCUGGUUUUUAUUAACUUGGCCAGUCGUUGAAGUACUCCGUUGUCUGGGAUUCCCUUUUAUUUUCUUUUUAAUUUUCCCAGUUGGAUUCGUAGUUGGUUGGCGACUUGGCGUGUCAGUUCGAGAAAUUUCCUUGCUUGGCUUUUCCUGUUCGUUCAUGGGUUCUCGAUUGGGUUGCUCACGCAGGUUUAGGAGGUGAUUGAUCCGGGUUAUGUGAGGAACGGUGGUUGGGGGUGAGGUAUUAGGGUUACAUUGAUCAUAUCUUUGGUGGGUAUUUGGGUAAUUUGGGUUUUGUUGAAGGUUUCUGCCAUGGGUUUGUGACAAUUAGGGUUUUUGUGCAUACUCAUGGUCUUGGUUGGUCAGGUUUUCGCCAAAUUUGGGGUUUUUAUGUUAGUGGUGGAUUUUCUGUCUGUGGUGAAGUGAUUCGUGUUUAUGCAUCGCUGAAUUGAAUUGAUUGUGGUAUUGUUUGAUUCUUAACUGGUAAUUUCAUUGGUGUGGUUUGAGGAUUGUGGAGGGGGUCGCUUGGGUGUGGCUAUUGGAGAGUGAGAGCAAGAUUGAAAAAUUUUAGAAUUGAUUGUUUUUUAAUUGGUUACUGUGGUGGAGAUUUUGAUCUAGGGAUAAGAUGAGUUCGAGUGUUACAGAGGAUUUCGCCUCUGGACGGAAGCUACUCGUUCAUAUUGCGGAGAACGGACACACUUUCGAGCUUGACUGUGAUGAAUCGACGCCGGUUGAGGCAGUUCAGCGAUACAUAGAAGGCGUAGCAGGUAUUCACUUAAAUGAUCAGCUUCUGCUCUGUCUGGACAUGAAGCUUGAAUCUCAACGGCCCUUGUCGGCAUACAAACUCCCUUGCGAGGAUCGUGAGGUCUUCCUCUACAACCGAGCAAGACUGUUAACGGAUUCACCACCUCCUCCAUCAGAGCAGGUUGAUAUCCCGGAGAUUGUUGACCCGCCAUUGCCAUCGGCUUCGCAAGACCUACACCCUCUGGAUGAUGCUACAGACCCUGCAGUCAAAGCUUUGCCUUCUUACGAGCGGCAAUUCAGAUACCAUUACCAACGUGGGCAUGCUAUUUAUACUUGUACCCAGGUGAAAUUUGAGAUUUGUGAGAGGCUUCUGAGAGAGCAGAAAGUGCAAGAGAGGGCUAUGGAGACUGCCACUGGAAGCAUGGAACAUUACUAUAGGAUGAUACACCAAAUGUAUGCCGACUUCAUGAAGUGUUACCUGCAACAGCAUCGGUAUCAUUCGGACCUUUUGAUGACUUUUGGGAGGGAUAUAGAGAAACUGCGGUCCUGCAAGCUUCACCCAGCUCUGCAGACAGAAACCCGCAAAUGCCUUCUUGAUUUUGUUAAGGAAGAAAACUUACGGAAAUUGGUAGAGAAUUGUAACAGCUCUCACAGGCAAUUUGAGGCAAAGGUUUCACAACUUAAGCAGAUGUUUAAUGAAUUGAAGCGGCGGGUUGAAGAUUUGUUUUCUAGCAAGGCUUCUUCAGCAAUUAGGGACUUAGAAUUGAUAGUCAAAGACCACCAGAGAUAUCCCCAUGAGCAAAAGAGUAUAAUGCAGUCUCUGAGCAAAGAUGUCAACACUGUAAAGAAGUUGGUGGAUGAUUGUCUGAGCUGCCAAUUGUCUGCUUCACUCCGCCCUCAUGAUGCAGUUUCAGCCCUUGGCCCCAUGUAUGAUGGUCAUGACAAGCAUCACCUACCCAAGAUGCUGUCUUGUGAUCGAUCAAUUUCCAAGCUGCUUAAUAUCUGUAAAGAUAAGAAGAAUGAAAUGAACCACUUUGUGCAUAGUUUCAUGCAAAAGGUUGCAUAUGUUCAAUUCUUCAUUAGAGACAUUCGGCUACAGUUUCCAGCUUUUAAAGAGGCAAUGGUGCGCCAAGAUGAUCUCUUUGAAGAUAUAAAAUUGGUCCGUGGAAUUGGUCCUGCAUACAGAGCUUGCCUUGCAGAAGUAGUAAGAAGGAAGGCUUCAAUGAAGUUGUACAUGGGCAUGGCUGGACAAUUGGCAGAAAGGCUUGCAACAAAGAGGGAAGUUGAGGUCAGAAGACGGGAGCAGUUCUUGAAAGCACAGAGCGUUUAUAUUCCUCGUGAUAUAUUAGUAUCUAUGGGAUUAUUUGAUACUCCCAAUCAAUGUGAUGUUAAUAUUGCUCCUUUUGACUCUAAUUUGAUAGAUGUUGAUAUUGCUGAUCUUGAUCGUUAUGCCCCCGAUUAUUUGGUAAACAUUCAUCUUAAAGGUGAGAAACAAGGAUCAUCAAAAGGGUCAUUUUCCAUAUCAAAUGACAGUUCUCAGUUGGCUGAAGCAGAAGAUGAUUCUGUGGAACUCUCUGAGAAAUAUGACUCUGAAGAGUUACUUGAAGGUUGUGAUUCAGUAGAGAUUGCUGGAACAAGCAAGAUGGAGGUAGAGAAUGCAAGGCUAAAAGCUGAACUUGCUUCUGCAAUAGCAGUAAUUUGUUCAUUCAGUCCUGAACUUGAGUAUGAGUCACUAGAUGAUAGUAAGCUGGAUAGUUUACUGAAGAAUGCAGCAGAGAAGACAGCUGAAGCUCUACAUCUGAAAGAUGAAUAUGGAAAACAUCUUCAGUCUAUGCUAAAGAUGAAACAGAUGCAAUGUCUGUCAUACGAGAAACGCAUUAAAGAGCUGGAGCAGAGAUUAUCUGAACAGUAUUUGCAAGAACACAAGCUUUCAGGUGGUAAGGAUGUUUCUGAGUUUGUCCAUUCAGCUGUUAAAACUGAUGAGUGCAAGUCAGAAAUAUCAGGAGAUGUGGAAGCUCACAUGCCUUACAUCUCUACUGAACCCAUGGAUGAGCUUUCCAGCACAUCUGCUUCAUUGGAUGCAAAACUAGGACAGUUUUCCAGUCAGCCAGGCAAAGCUCGAGAAGGGGUGGAUGAAAAUAUGUCAGAUUCCUCUGGAAUGAUAAAUCAGCAGUUGGAUUCAUCAAUGCUGGAACCACAUCGGGAUGAGCUGCAAGUGGGUGAUAAAUCCAGGCAAGAGAAGAUGGCAGAACAAUUGGGUUUGGCUUUAUCUAAUAGCUCCACUGCUGAGACCACGUUAGAGCCUCAGAACAUGUUACAUUGUGAAACUGGAGGAGUGGAUACAGAUUCUAAACUUAAGGAUGAUUUUGUCUUGGAACUGCAAAGUGCACUUGCAGACAAGUCUAACCAGCUGAGUGAAACUGAAACCAAGCUCAAAGAUGCAAUGGAGGAUGUUGACAACCUCAGGAGAGAGUUGGAAAUGAGCCGGAAACUCCUUGAUGAAUCUCAGAUGAAUUGUGCUCACUUGGAGAAUUGCCUGCAUGAAGCAAGAGAGGAAGCACAUACACAUCUCUGUGCUGCUGAUAGAAGGGCCUCAGAAUAUAGUGCUCUUCGGGCCUCAGCUGUCAAAAUGCGCAGCCUUUUUGAGCGACUACGUAGUUGCGUCACUGCCUCAGGUGGAGUGGCAAAUUUUGCUGAUUCCUUGCGUGCUUUGGCUCUUUCUUUGGCCAACUCCAUUAAUGACAAUGAGGAUGAUGGUUCUGUGGAGUUUCGGAACUGUGUCCGAGUUCUUGCAGACAAAGUUGGUUUUCUGUCUCGGCACCGUGCAGAGCUUCUAGAGAGAUGCUCAAGGGCUGAAGCUGCACAUGGGCUCCUAGCGAAGGAGUUGGAAGAAAAGAAAGACUUGGUCAAAAGCCUAUAUGCGAAGCAUCAACUCGAGAAACAGGCCAACAAGGAGAAGAUAUCAUUUGGUCGUUUAGAAGUCCAUGAGAUUGCUGCAUUUGUCCUCAAUGACAAUGGGCAUUACGAGGCAAUUAAUCGGUACUGUUCUAACUACUAUCUCUCGGCAGAAUCUGUGGCCUUGUUUGCGGGGCACCUCCCAAACAAACCCGGUUACAUAAUUGGGCAGAUUGUACAUAUAGAACGGCAAAUGGUGAGGCCACCACCUGUUCGGUCUGAGCAUGCUGGCAAUCAAAUAGAUAACCUGAAUUCCGAUACGGGGGCUCAUCGGUUGACAACUCUGGGGACUGUGUCUACAGCAAACCCAUACGGGCUCCCUAUUGGCUGUGAAUACUCCAUAGUGACAGUAGCUAUGUUACCUGACACCACUAUUCAUUCAUCACCUCCUUCCUGAUCUUGCUGCGGGCAGACAGACAUGAUGGAAGAAACCAAGUGUACAUAUCGUAUAUAUCGUGGUAAAGAUAGACUCUUGUUUUGAUGAUCGGAGUGGAGGUUGAAUUCAAUCCUUUUCUGUACAGCUGAUCAAUCUGGUCUUCAAGUUUCUCUAUUUCCCUGUAUAUAAUAAGCUACUCUUCAUCUAACUAGAAAAUUGUAAAUAUAUCUUCAGUCCUUUAAGCUUUUAACUUAUUGAUCUUUUAUGCUUA